AUGCCCAAGCACACACGCAGUCGAGUAAAACCCCUGCUAACAUGCCCUGCCGACGGCUGCGCGAAUUGCAAACAAAAGCGUAUCAAAUGCGACGAGAACCGACCAUUCUGCAGGAAUUGCCAAGAUCAACAGGUGCAGUGUCCUGGUUUUGCGCGACAAUUACAGUGGAAGUCGUGCAAUGUGGCACUUCCUUCCAUAUCUCCCAAGAAAAUUCGCCGGAGUUCACGGCGACGCGAUCAAGCUCUUGCAUCUCAGAGCGGGCCCGAUAGCCUUGACGGGACAGGAUCUGCUGGGUUACAAGCACAACAAAAUACAUGCUAUACGAACCUGCGCGAGUCGCCAACUGUAGUGCCAGAUUCACAUGGAGAGUCUCCGCGACCCACGGCCAGUGUAUCGUCAUCUGAAGAUAGCUCCAAGCAAUACUGGGAAGGCGAUGACACGCUCCAGGCAGGCGAGCACAUUCUGACGCCGAAUGCUCAUCAACGGCGCUCGAUUCCUGAAUCGAUUUCGAGCGCCCACCAACAUCUCUUUGAGCCUCCCGGUGUCGACCUUGACUCAACCUUGGGCUUGAUAUGCGACGAAACUUCUUUCGAAAUGGCCACGGGAAAAAGCCCAAGAUCACGAGCAAAGAGCAUAAUGGCGAAUAGUGGACCUCUAUUCCUGAACGAGCCGGAAUGCGACCAGGCAGUAGAACUUUGUCUCAUGACUCCUGAACUGUUUAACAACCAGGAAUGCGAUUCGUCGUCGCAGGACACCGAGACAAAACGUUUACUGACAAAGCAUUAUUUUGAUCAAAUCUGCCGGAUUCUCUCGUGCUUUGACUCUCACGAGAACCCAUUUCGAGCCGACAUCGCACAGGAGAUGCUCACGUGCGACUACAUUUACGACUGCGUUGCUAGCUUGUCAGCCGCACACUUGGCUAAUUCCGUGUCCAGCAUGGAGAUGAUAGUGCUAAGACACCAGUCUCGGGCGCUUCUAGGUCUUUCAGACGUUAUUCAAACGAUGCAGAGCGGCACGAAUGCCAUCAAUUUCCAGCAACUAGCAGGCCUGUCGCAGCGAAGUUCGAUACAUCAAGCAUUGCUAGCGUCAUUGCUGCUUGGUGUAAGCUCAGCUUGGUACGAUGCCUCUGUAUUAGGUCUACCAUAUCUUCAUGGUGCUCGAUUGCUCUUCCGAGCUUGGCUGAUUGAUCAGGACCUAUGUGAUUAUUCUGCAGACGAGCAUAUCGCUUUGGACCGACGUCAAAGUUUCAUUGUUGGGGCCAUGGCUUAUUUGGAGUGUCUGAACGCUCUAGUCGUGGAUCAACCAUUGGACUCAUCGCAUUACUUAAGAAGAUUCCUCAAAUGUGGCUCAGAACAGCGAGUCUACCCCAAUCCUUGGACGGGCAUCAGCACUUCACUGUUCAUUAUUUUUGCCGAUGUGGGUGCGCUCGUAAAGCGACAGCGAAGCGCAACAUUCGUAUCGACUUCUGAGCCUAUAGAGCUUUGCGAAUCCGCCGAGGCACAAAAUAUGCUUAAAGAGGCACGAUAUCUGUACAAACAAACACUGCAGCAGGAAUCAUCGUCAACCGAAUCUAUAGAAGAGACGAAGGACCCGACUACUCCCCUUGAAGAUCUAGUCCUAAUUCACAACGUCUACCGACUCGUCAUUCUUCUAGAGCUGUUAUUGGCCUUUCCGCGCCUUGCGGACGAAGACACCGUUGAUCUCGAGCAGUCAGGCGAAUCGUUAGGGUCUCCAACGAUUGAGCUUGCUACAGCGGCACUUAGCAUGAUAUUCAGUCUUCCAGAACACUCGGGUGCUAAUAUCAUGCUAGCUGUUCCGCUCCUAUGUGCGGGAAGCGCAUUGCAAAGCCCCACAUUGCGGAACAGUGCAGCCUUCGAUCUUUCUUCCAACUCCUUCACCGGUCUUCGAAAGAAACUCACCCCGAUGAUGUGGCGUCUGAAAACAAUACAAAUGUGGCGGAGGCAGGUCGAAUGGCAAAUCCAGCACCUCUACGGUCGCGUUGGUGUGGCUCCUGUGCAGCGGUUGAUGGUGUUACUGAGGGCCGUGUGGGAACGAGCAGACGCGGCCGGUGUCGAUCAAGAACCCAGUCACUGGAUGACCGUUAUGGUUCAAGAGAAGCUCGAAACUGUUUUUGGGUAG